CGGGCGGUGUUUGAGUGUCUGAUGUACAUACACAGCCCGGCGUCCAGAGCGGACAUGCGGCGGCUCCAAGGGGAGAAGGACUCACGCAUCUCUCGGUGGGCUUUAAUUGGGAGCGUCACCUCCCACACCGCGUACUGAUAUCAGUCCCGAAUGAGUUGCAGCCAUGGAGCAAGUUCAGGUGAAAGAGAUAGAGAAGAUCAACCCAGCGGCGACGGCCAACUGCUUCUCAAAGAUUUUCUUCUGCUGGCUGAACCCCUUGUUUCGUAUCGGUUACAAACGGUCCCUGGAACAAGAAGACUUGUACAACGUGCUGCCGGAAUUCCGCUCAAAAACACUGGGGUUGACCUUGCAAAGCUACUGGGAUGAAGAGUGCCUGAAGAGUGCCAAAGAGCUGAAGAAACCAAGCUUCUGCAAAGCCGUCAUCCGUUGCUACUGGAAAUCCUAUUCACUGCUUGGCAUCUUCACAUUCAUUGAGGAGGCGACCAUGAUUGUCCAGCCGGUGCUGCUGGGGUACCUGUUGCGCUACUUUGAGACUUAUGACCCCAAUGAUUACCAUGGUCUGGAGCUGGCCUGCUACUACGCCCUCGGCAUGUCCCUGAGCCUCCUUCUGCUGGCGGUGAUGCAUCACAUAUUAUUCUUCAAUAUCCAAAAGGCGGGCAUGAAGAUACGGGUGGCCAUGUGUAACAUGAUCUUCAGGAAGGCCUUAUGUCUCAGCAACUCGGCCAGAGGGAAAACGACCACGGGUCAGAUUGUCAACCUCCUCUCAAACGACGUCAGCAAGUUUGACGAUCUUACUAUGUUCCUGCACUACCUGUGGGUGGGGCCUAUCCAGGUAGCGGUGGUGGUCGCCCUUCUGUGGGGAGAAAUCGGCCCCUCGUGUUUGGUGGGAAUAGCACUCCUCAUCUUUCUGAUGCCCCUGCAAACCCAGUUUGGGAGGAUGUUCUCAGUUUACAGGAGCAGGACGGCGGUGCUCACCGACCACAGGAUUCGCACCAUGAACGAAGUGGUUACCGGCAUGCGCAUCAUCAAGAUGUACGCCUGGGAGAAGCCCUUCGCGGCCCUUGUUUCAGAGUACAGAACGGAGGAGAUCGUCAACUUGAUGAAGAGCUCCAUGCUGCGAGCCGCAAACAUGGCCACCUACUUCUCGGCCAGCAAAAUCAUCGUUCUCUUCACCUUCGCUGUGUACGUGAUGCUGGGCAACACCAUCACGGCCAGCCGCGUGUUCGUCACCGUGUCGCUGUAUGGCGCCAUCCGACUCACCGUCACGCACUUCUUCCCCAGUGCCCUCGAGAAGCUCUUUGAGAGUCUCGUGAGCAUUGAACGGAUCCAGACCUUCCUGAAUCUAGAGGAAUUGCCCAAGAACACCAAUGUGUUCUGCCAGCCAAAGGAUGCCUCUGUGAUCAUCCAGGAACUCGUCUGCUACUGGGACAAGAACCAAGACGCACCCUCCCUCCAGAAAAUCUCGUUGAGUGUCGGCUCGAGGCAGCUGGUGGCGGUGAUUGGACCUGUGGGCGCCGGAAAGUCCUCCCUGCUGAGUGCCAUCCUGGGAGAGCUGCCCCUUGACAAGGGGGUGGUCAAGGUGAAGGGGCAGCUGACCUACGCCUGCCAACAGCCCUGGGUGUUCCCCGGGACCAUCCGCGACAACAUCCUGUUCGGCAAAGAGCUAGACCCCGCCAAGUACGAGAAGGUGCUGCGGGCCUGUGCCCUGAAGAGGGACAUGGAGUUGCUGCCAGACGGGGACCUGACUCUGAUCGGGGACCGGGGAGCCACACUCAGUGGGGGGCAGAAGGCUCGCGUCAACCUGGCCAGAGCUGUGUACCAGGAUGCUGACAUCUAUCUCCUUGACGACCCUCUCAGUGCUGUGGAUGGCGAGGUCGGGAGGCACCUGUUUGAAAAGUGUAUCUGUGGUAUUCUGAAGGACAAGCCCAGGAUCCUGGUUACCCAUCAGCUGCAGUACCUGAAAGUCGCCGACCAGAUCCUGGUUCUCAAGGAGGGUAACGUGGUGGCCCAGGGGGGGUAUACAGACCUGCAGAGGUCUGGACUGGACUUCACCUCUCUGCUGAAACACGAGGAGGAAGGGGAGGGGAAGUUGGAGGAGUUGGCACGCAGCCGAACAGUCUCCUGCAACUCCUUGCCCAAUGAAGAAGCAGACCAGCUGCCGGCAGAACAUACCCAAACAGCUGUGGAGGAGGGCCGAUCGCAGGGGACUAUCAGCACGGACAUGUACUACAAAUACUUGCGUGCUGGAGCGAACAUCUUUGGUCUGGUAGUGCUCUUUGUGGUCAACAUAGUCGCUCAGGUGGCCUACAUCCUUCAGGACUGGUGGUUGUCUGAAUGGUCCAAUAGGCAAGGCAGCCUGACGGCCGACAUAAAUAACAACAUCACCAACGCCACCGAGGUGUUGGAUAUACCCUUUUACCUGGGAAUAUACGGAGGUCUGACUGCAGCCACGGUACUUUUUGGGCUCGUCAGGGCAAUGCUCUUCUUCUAUGUGCUGGUGAAGAGCACGGAGACCCUGCACAAACGCAUGUUCGACACCAUAUUGCGAGCGCCCGUGCACUUCUUCGACGUGAACCCCAUCGGCAGGGUUCUGAACCGGUUCUCCAAGGACAUCGGCCAGAUGGACGUGUUGCUACCCAUCACCUUUGUGGACGCCUGCCAGGUCCUUCUGCUGACGAUCGGUGUGAUUGUGGUUUCGGCGAUGGUCGUUCCCUGGAUCUUAAUCCUGGUCGUACCACUCCUCAUAAUCUUUUUGUUCCUCCGCCGCUACUUCCUGCAAACCUCCAGGGACAUAAAGCGACUUGAGGGGACCACUCGAAGUCCCGUGUUCUCCCACCUGUCCUCCUCGCUACAUGGCCUGUGGACCAUCAGGGCCUUCAGAGCCGAGCAGCGCUUCCAGAACGUCUUUGACGCCCACCAGGACCUGCACUCAGUGACCUGGUACCUGUUCCUGACCUCUUCCCGUUGGUUCGCCUUGCGCCUGGACCUGUUGUGCGCCGUCUUUGUCAUCAUCCUCAUAUAUGCCUGCGUGCUGCUCCGAGAUAACCUAGGUGCAGGGGAUGUGGGGCUGGCUUUGUCCUACGCAAUCACCCUCAUGGGGAUGUUCCAGUGGGGAGUCCGGCAGUCAGCGGAAGUGGAGAACUUGAUGACCUCCGUGGAGCGAGUGAUGGAGUACACAGAGCUGGAGAGCGAAGCACCAUGGGAAACCGAGAAGCGUCCCCCGCUUGACUGGCCGAGCCAAGGCCUGGUAACCUUCGACGGGGUCAACUUCUCCUACAGCGCCGACGGGCCGGUGGUCCUCCGUAACAUGAACGCCGCGUUCCUACCCAGGGAGAAGGUGGGCGUGGUGGGGAGAACUGGUGCUGGGAAGAGCUCCCUGGUGUCGGCCCUGUUCCGCCUGGCAGAACCCCAGGGGAAGAUCUACGUGGACGGAAUACUGACCUCUGAGCUCGGCCUCCACGACCUGCGCCAGAAGAUGUCCAUUAUUCCUCAGGAUCCUGUGCUCUUCACUGACACCAUGAGGAAGAACCUGGACCCUUUCAACCAGCACUCUGAUGAAGAGCUCUGGAACUCUCUGCAGGAGGUUCAUCUGAAGUCUGUGGUGGAGGAGCUUCCCGCCAAGAUGGAGACGCUACUGGCCGAGUCGGGCUCCAACUUCAGCGUGGGCCAAAGGCAGCUGGUAUGUCUGGCCAGAGCCAUCCUGAGGAAGAACCGCAUUCUCAUCAUCGAUGAGGCCACGGCCCACGUCGACCCCAGGACGGACGAGCUGAUCCAGAGGACGAUCCGGGAAAAGUUCAGAGAUUGCACGGUGCUCACCAUCGCUCACAGGCUCAACACCAUCAUAGACAGCGACCGCAUCAUGGUGCUCGACGCGGGGGAGAUCCAGGCCUACGACGCGCCCUACACCCUCCUGCAAGACCCCGAGGGCAUCUUCUAUAAGAUGGUGCAGCAGACCGGCCAGCAGGAGGCAGAGGACCUCUUGGCCUCCGCGAAGCAGGCCUACGAGAACAAGAGUCAGCCCAGCAGCAAGUACGGCAGCACCACCAACGUCAACCUGGUGAUCCACGAGACGCCCAUGUAAAACCAAUCAGCCAAUCUCUGCCUUCAUACAAGAGUGGCGGUGCUACACUAUAACAGUGCUUGCGGUAAUGACGGAAGAGUUGGGCUUUGAGAACAUGCGGCUCUUCUAAGCCACAAGUGGAACCAGGAUGUUCUCGGGUAUGGGAGUUCUUUCAAACCAAGUGUUAAUAGACACUGGUGUAAGAAAUGAAACAAAAACCAACUACACAACCUCAAAUUAUUAUUUACCAAGGUGUUGUUGUUACGCGAAAUGGCUUCAUAGCUGGCUGCUGCUUUGUUAAGUGCCUUUACCACGUUUCAAGAUCAGUGAAAACUUUACUUUUCACUUAAAUCUUUUCAAGGACAAUUGUGUGUUUUCAGUGCCUGGCUAUGGUUCUGAUCUCAAUCUCAGGUGAGGAAGAUCUUUCAUAAUUUUUGGUUCAGGUUCCUAAAAUAAUCCUGGUGAAUGUAUUAAAUGCUAAGCCAUGUCACGGUCAACUAGAACAAGCUGUACCUACCCAUAAAUUGGGUGUAAAUGCAAGUUUAACAGCACCUCCUGUUGGCCAUGGUGUUGCCUGCAUGUCCUUAGAGUUGGUGAAGCCUGUGUUGUCUUAUUCUAAAGGCCUUUAAGCAAGCACAGCCAAAAAGUGAGAUUUUCCAAGACACAAUUAUCGUACUACAUGCAUUUCUGCAAUUUGAGUUUCCGUUUGGAUUGUAAUUCUUAUUGUACUUUUAACAAAGAGAUUGAGCGAGAGAGAGUUACCCUUGAAUUCUCAACAAUCUAUAUGUAAAUGUUUUUCAGUAGCAUUUUAUUGUGAUGUCAAGAGUUUCUUGAGAACUAAAAUCCCUAAUAUUUAGUUCUUAUUCUUGCAUCAGGGAAAACAAAAUAUUUUUAAGUUUAUGUAAAUGGAAGUAUGCUGAGACAAAUGUUGAAUGUAAUUGAGUAAUGCUCUGUUCACAACUGGUUGCAGUGUUGCCUUUCAAUACAUUUAUUUCAAUGGAAGAUGGAUGGAUGACAGUAACGGAUCCAUUGGAAAUCGGCGGAUAUGUUUGAAAACGUCAACACUAUAUUUGUGGUUGGGACUGAAAUCGACCAUAAAAGUCAUCUAACACAA